CGUCGCUAUGGUAACUGAACGCUGAGACGGAAAAAAAAUUCACCUUUAGCAAAAGUGAAAAUAACUAAUGUUACUUAGUUUAUUAAAUAAUACUUAAAAGGACAAAAGUACGAUGGACAAACUUGAAGACAUCGAGAGUUUUUUGAAGAAUGUUGACAAAAUAAGUGAGCUAGUGAAUGAUCUAAAGUGUUCUGAUGUAGAAGUCCAGCAAAAAGCAAUAGAGAAAGCUGAUUGCUACAUUGCUGCCUUGGAUGAACCUUGCAUGACAAAAGUCAACAAGACCACUAUCAACACAAGUCCACCUCUCCAGCCUUCUUUGAGCCUGCAGAAUGAAAGUCCAGAGAAUUUCAUGAAGAUUAUGGAGAGAGAUGCUGAAGACAGAAGAUUAAGGAGGGUUGCAAAGGCGCAAAAGGCAACUGCACUCAAAGACAAGGGGAAUGAAGCGUAUACUCAAGGAAACUAUGAAACUGCUGUGAAGUAUUACAGCGAUGGCUUGGCUGAACUAAGGGACAUGCAGCCAUUGUACACCAACCGAGCCCAAGCCUACAUCAAGCUCGGAAAGUACAAGGAGGCCAUCAGUGACUGUGAAUGGGCACUAAAGUGUCAGGAGAGGUGUAUUAAGGCUUACCUACACAUGGGGAAAGCAUAUUUGGCAUUGAAGAAAUAUAAUGAGUCCAGAAACUGCUUUGAAAAGAUAGUGGAGAUUGAACCUGGGAGGGAGAAGAUGGUGAAAGAAUACCUGACCCAGGUAGAUUUGGAAGAAGAGAGAGAGAGUCAGGAGAUGAAUGCGAUGCAAGAGUUUGACAAGGGGCAUGGGAAGGCCACAAUAGUGCCGCAGCUGCUGGAGAAGCUGUCAAGGCCCGGCCAGAUGCCCCUCUACUACUGUGGAGGAUUGGAGAUUCUGUCACUAGCAGUUACUGACAGUACAGGCCAGACCCUUUUCAGACUGAACAAUGGCUUUAGUAUCAUCAGCAGCAAUGACACGAUGAGGAGUUGCCUGUUGCAGAAAACAAAGGAUCCAGACAGCCAGGAGUUGUGUGUGUCUGUUCUGAAAUUAUGGAGGGUAAUUUGUUGUGGAAAUGAUGAAAACCAGAAGAUGCUGAUGACAUGCCCAGUCACCAGACAGUCCAUUGUUGACUUGGUAACAUCAGAGCAUGUUGCAGCACAGAAAGAAUGCCUGGCAUUACUUUGUUUGUAUUCACAGAUGCCACAAGGCAGACAUUUGGCUGCUGACAACUUGAAUGUGCCCAUACUAAUGAGGAACCUCAUGGCUUGCAUCUCAAAGCCAAAGCAGCGGCAAGAGAACGCAGCGGUCAACAUUCUGGAGAACCUUACAGCAGAAAACAAAUUUUGCAUUCAGUUAAGGAGUGUGUUGACAGACUAUUUCAUUGCACCAUUUACAACAAUACUGAGAAAUAUCAGCAAGUCCAAUCAGCAUAUCCUUCCAUCGCUGAUAUCGGCUGUUGGCAGUCUGGCUCGAGAUGACGUCAUCUGUCACAAUUUUGCUCAUGAUCCAGAGUGUUGGAAGGCCUUUCUGGUCGCCAUUAGGCAGUGCAGUGCAUGCGGAAACAAAGAGGUCCUUUACCCAAUGCUUGGUUUGAUCAUCAACCUUUCAACUAUCACUUCUCCAGUCAUUCAGGAGCAUGCUGUUUCCCUCUGUGACUGCUGUCUGGGCCUGCUGAGGGAUAGUGAUGGAGGAGUCAUAACUAGAGCCACAGGCGUACUGAGCACUGUCCUCCCUCAGUCCUCUGAAGCCGUUCAGCAUGUUAUACAGGGGAAUGUGGUCCGGACCAUGCACCGACUGCUUAAGGGAACAGGGCAGACUGCCACUAAGUAUGCCAUUAAGACUCUGACAGUGUGCACUGCUGCCAGUCACUUGGCCCGGGAGGAGCUGGUGAAGACUGAUAAAAAAUUGUCUAUUUUACGCCAUUUGCUGGGUUCCAGCUGUGAUGAGAUGGUGUCAGGAAAUGCAGCCCUGUGUUUGGCCUACUGUCUUUAUUUGGAGGGAACUGCCAGCAACCUGCUGGGCACUGAUAUUGUGCUACUGCUACUGCGUCACGCUGCAGGGGAUGCUAAGAGGACAGCUGUGCAGCAAAAUGCAGCGAUUGCUUUGGGGAAGCUGUGUCAAUCUGAGCCCAGACAUAUGAACAAACUUCGAGAACUUCACGGCCUUGAGAUUCUGCAUUCCUGUAUGAAGCUCAUCACAUGAACCCAUGACAGUAACAUGUUUUAUAAUCUUAUUGCUUCUCAUCAGUCUUGUUCUCUUCUGUAUUCUGGUUUAGGAUUAGACGCUUACCAACCCAUUGGGGAAAACAAAAAUUUGCUAAUAAACACUGUGUACCGUAUAACUUAUUUCUUUUUUAAACUUAUCAUUUAUUACUAUUCCAAUCAAUCAUUUUUUUAAUAAUAUGGAUUUUUCUAUUGAAAGAACCUUUAAGGCUAUCUCUAAAUGAGAAAAUCUCCUAAUUGCCUAAUCUACAUGAACAAGGUCAAAAACCUUAACAACAUUCUUGGCUAUCCUUGUUUUUCAUGCCUUUGUGAAUUUAUAUCAUUAAUUGCCAUGCAUAUGUGUGGAUGGAGGGUCAAGUGCAGCCAGUUUUACAAUUUUUAUGUAUCUGUUGUUAGAUUAAAAUUUCAUUAAAAUGUACAAAAUAUGUUCAUGAAACAAAAUAUUUGUCAUGAAUACUUUUGCUUUUGCUAAGCACAUAAAUAAAUUAUAAGAAUUCACUGUUUAAGCAAACAAGCACCUAGUCUGAAGACUUCACGUGAACAGUGGUAUAAUCUGUAAUUAUGGAAUUCUGAAGGACAGAUAUUGAUCAAGCAGUAUUAACAUACUGAUGGGAGAUGAAGUGAGAUGCUGAUUAGAUGGAUGUACUGUAUCCCUGUUGUUUAAGGCGUCAUAGUGUUAUAAUCUGUCAUUUAGUCAUUCGUCUUGACACUCUUUCUCUUAUUUACCAUGAAGAAGUGUGUUAAAUGAAAAUUAUGGAGCAUAUUGCUUGCAUAACAGCUUGUAUUACUGAGAAUCUUGUCAGUCAUACCAUUAUGUGACCAUAAUCACAAGUUCUAAUAAAUUGUGUGUUCUAAAGGGUAA